AAAACCACGGCUGUUGCUCGGGUUGUUUGGUGCUGGAGGCGGUUGUAGGUCCACGGCGUUUGAAGUAUUUACGGACUAAACGAUCGACUUCAGUGUGAAUACUAACCCGCCUUCGUCUUCUAACACACACGACGAUGAAUGGUAAGUCAACGAACGGUACGGUGGGUGGGAUGGCCUGUAUCGAGGGUCUACCCCCGCUACCGAAGAGCCUGAGCGGCUUGCUGAACUCAAGCGGCGGCUCCUGGAGAGAAAUGGAGAGGAUGUACGUGAAGAAAACCAUGAUCCAGGACGACCUGAGCCGAGGCAGGAACAACGCUGACAACCUGCUGGCGAACAAGCCGGCCAACCUCGACGCUGCCCUGGCUCUUCUUCGGAAAGAGAUGGUGGGCUUGCGUCAGCAGGACAUGUCCCUGCUGUGCCAGCUGUGGUCGCUCCACGAGUCCAUCCAGGAGUACAAGGGCAGCUGCCAGGACCUGAGCGCCGCCUCCAGCCUCAGCAUGAUGGAGAACGGCUACUUUGACGAGGACGACGAGUAUUACCCAGAGCCUGGUGCCACUCCCACCGGGGAACAGCCGGACGGGGAGGUCGGAGAUGGGACGGCAACAAUGGCUGCGGCCAAGAAUGGGAGCGGCAGUGGCAAAGACGACAGCUGGGACUCCUUUCACGUUACCAUCUGAGGCCUCAUUCUCAGCAUUUCUCUGCAGAUGGAACGACAUUUUGGGGGUAACAGACUGGGUUUAGCUGGAGGAAAAGUUGAGUGGCUCUGGAAACCUGGCCCUCAAGAAGGGAGUGGUUUUUCAGAGAUAGCGGCUCGUGGUGCCUCUUUGCCAUAAUAGACUAUAAAUGUAAAGCACCAGCUCCAGCUUAACUUUGUGCUCCUCCUCAGGUGAAACUUCUACCUGCUUGUGCUGCAGAAUGUUCUUUUGCAGCGUGACCAGGAGCUUCAUCAGACUGCGGAGCUGAGCGGCCGGGUGUCCUGGCAAGUAGCUUGCUAACACCCUCUGAAACACUCAGGAGUUGGGAUGGAUUGUAUUCAAAAACUCCAUAUUCUCAAAAUUAGGCAAUAUAUACAAUGAAUUUCUUUUUAUAAUCAGCUCUGCUGCUGCUUCUGUAUCAAGUGGUUUUGCUAGCCAGUCACCCUUUUUUGGCAGAACUUUUUUUUACAUAUUCAAUAUAUGAACAAAGUUUUAUUAUUUAUUAUAUAAUAUAAAUAACAAGAUAUUUGCUUUCCUGUUACUCUCAACAGAAGUUUUGUACUGCAGCUCUGCCCAGGUACAAGGGUACAGCAUUUACAGGCUGGAAAUCCCAGAAACUGGGACUUCAAAAGUUGGAUGGGAUGUCUGAACUCUGCCAUCGGUGUUGGUGCAGAGACAUGAUCGACUUUGUGGACAUGCUGAUGGAGACAGUGUGUGUGGUUUACUUCUAAGUGGUUAAAUCAUUCAUUUACGUAAAUCCAGAAGGUCAAGGCAGAAGUUGUCAGACCUCAAGAACGGGGAAAGAGGUGGCGACCUCCUACCUGUUCACAGUGUAAAAAUGCUUAAAAGCAGAGUGAUGUUUAUGCACAGGGGUGAGGUCUGCACUUUUUUUUUUGCCCUUCAGAACGAGCAGAUAUUUGCUCUGAAAAUGUGAAAUGUUCAGAAUGCUGGAAACAGUUUUAAGCUGUUUGCAUAGGAGAAGAACGUGGAAGCCCAGGGUACUAGGCUGCAGAUACAUCUGUGUGCUUCCCUGAACUUCAGAGCUCUUUCUUGAACAGAUUAUGGGCAACUGUGAUGUGUUUCUGUCUCUGACGUGAUGAUGUGGGAGGCCCAGAUUGAAUCCAUGUGACAGUGUGAAACAAUGAGACUUGGAUUUUGUGAAUUAUGAUCAUUCUUGUUCACUACAACUUCGGUCUUUUUUCAUGGUUAUGACUAUUAUUCCUACAAUAAUAAUAACUUUGUAGAUCUGGGAACGUGGCAGCAUCUGCAAAAGAAAAAAAACAAAGUCAGGACAGGGCAAUGAAAACAAGCAGCUGUUGCCAGAUCUCUUGAUCGCAGUAUUAUCACAAUUGAUUGAAUUUGUGACUCUUCUUCUCAAUAUAUUCUAUUAACUAAAUGUUGCCAAGAGCUGAGAAACGGUGAUUGGCCGUGAUCAGCUUCUUGUUGGAAAGUAUUUGUGUUUAUUGCAGUGACGUUGAUGGGAAAUCAGAAGUGCAUCAGUGGGAUUGGCCCUCGGUGGUCAGUGAGUUUGAGAAGUUUUGGCCAAAUUGCAAGCUUGAUGGUCACUGUGACCUUCAGCUGCUCGCAGUGCAAACACAAAGCUGCAGCUCUGAACCUGGUAGCAAAUAUCAGUUGAAUACAGGGAACUUUAUAAUGCUCUGUAUCCUGCAUAAAGAUCUUAACCAAUCUCAUCCUAACGACACACGCUGGAGUUUCUCUGUACAGGCUCCAGCUCCAGCUGAAUUAUUUAAGACAUGGCAGAUGAAUAGAAUGGAUAUUAUGUCAGUGUUUGAUCAUAUCUGCAAACCACAAGGUUUUGCGUAACUAUCUGAGCCUCAUCCUGAAACUGAAGUAGUGUGGAUUUUGCAUUACUACUCAGUACUGGUCACUAACAAGAUUGUAACAGCAAAUGAGUUUUUUUUGUCUGUUUUGUUUAACGUAGGCAUGUGAACAACACAGACAAGAACCUUCCAGCACACGGACAUGAUGCUGUACUGACAGAUCUCUUCUUGCAGUCUGAAGAGUGUUUCCAUUCACGUUAUUUAACAGAAAUACUCCACAGACGCAGCCUUACUUUAACCUUGAGGUAUCUAUUUUUGCUUUUGUCCUGCGCUGUGUAGGUUAUCCUACGCCAGGCAAAGACAUUUGGAUGUGCAAAUAUUCUUACUCCUAAUUCUCAUACGAAUGGUCUGUGCAGUCUUCCUUAAUAUCUGAACUCUCCAGCAAAGGUCUCAGCUGAAACUGUAGCACGUGACACCACAGCUCAAUACUCAGCAACUGCUCCGGCACUCAAACGGCAAUACUCUCAACGCCCACCAUCACUUUGACAAGAUGUAGAAAGUUGAUAUUUUCAGUCAUGUGUAGAUAUUGUGUCUGUAUAGAUCAUAUGACGUCAUCUGUUUGUAGACUGGUCCCACUACCUGUGUACUUAUGGAACACAAACCAAAGAAAAUACAGCACUCCGAAAUGAAAUGUAUUUGGUUUAAGGUGCUGAAGAAGAAAACUUACUUAUCAUGAAUGGUUACAUUUCACUGAAAAGCUACAGUGCAUAGCGAUAUCUGAUGUCUUGAAGAAUGUCUUCACAAGUCAUUGUGUAGCUGAGUCGGACACUGACUAUAAACACGCUGUCUCCGUCCUGUAGGGCGAUCAUUGUUGGAGUGGUAGCUAUGCCUUGAACCCGGUCAUAGAAACACUGACGUUUUCAGUUAGAUAACACAAAAUGUUUGAUUUCUACUCACACGGUUAUUGUGAAAUUGAUGUCACCGGCUGACGUACGAAAGUCUGAAAGAUUCAUUUUGUGCUGAACACCGUCACAAAGGUGUGAUAACUUUAACUGUACAAAACAUACAGAAGUUACUGCACAGACGUUACAGCCGUGUAAUGUUUGACAUUUUGGGGAAUGUGCUUACUCGCCUUUUUGCUGAGUUAGGUUGAUACCAGAGUCAUGUCUGUACAGUAGAUACGAAUCCACCUCCAGCAGCUGGCAGGCUUAGCUUAGCACAGUGAAGGGAAACGGUUAACCUCACUCUGUCCAGUGGGGAAAAAAAAGGCCUCCUCCCAGCACUUCCAGAGCCCGCUAAUUAACAUGUUUCAUCUCAGUGUUUAAAUCUGUACAAACGUCAUGGUUUGACUGGAAGCUAUGUGAAGAACUAGAUGAAGGAAAGACGGCUGGAGGGCGAAUGAGCAUAUUUCACAAAAUGUCAAAUUAUUCCUUCUUCAGUUUGAUCAUUUCUAUCAGAAGUUUCCCUGUUCACAUCCAUAAUGCAUCUUCAAGUUUCUGAAUACAACUACAAAACUAGCUAGUGGCCUCCAUAGAAUACAGUGUUUUAUUAUCUAAUAAGCUGGAAUUGAAUGUCUGCCCUCUUUCUUCUACUCCUUUAAGGGCCACAGUUUAUGAAACCUAACAUUUUGUCUGUACAGUGAACCUGGAUCUGAAUCAGGAUCAGCUAAACACACCUGCUUUAUCGCUACGAUCUGUGGCUAAUCUGAAGCUCAGAGCACAUUUGAUCAAUCAAACUGAUGCCGUUUAAAACGUUUCAAAAAAAUCUUCACCCAGGCUUUUUAUUGGAUGUCUACACAAUUAGUGCCUUUAGACACCUUCAGGUCCCAGACCCUGUGGUUUUCAGUUCGAGGUGGAGAUGAGAAUUUACCAUAAACUGUUCAUCCUUUGACUUGCUUGACAUGCACUUGGUUCUUAAAGCUGCUACAUGUAGUGUCUCAGAUUUGACGACUUUAGCGGCCCUCGAAAAUCCUUGGUGGUGAUGUUGUACGUCACUGAGAUGACUCAAUGUCUUUGUUAUGCUCCAACUACAAAUCCAGAAAAAUCCCAGGAAGAGCUGAUUAACAGGUGUGCUGAGAGGCUUGGCUGAAUGCGUGUUCAGCCAAAUGUGUCUGGAUUUUUCCAGGCUCUGUUGUUUUUUUUUUGUUGUUGUGUUUUUGAUGCUCCUUCUCUCGGUUCUCUUCCUGUCUUGGCUGAUGCUUGCCGGAUAUAGAAUAGAAUAGGAGGCGAUGGCUUCAGUUUCCUACAACAUUCACUCUGUCAAAUGAUCAGUGUUAAGCUUCUACAUGUCGCAGCUUUAACCUCCUAAACUUUUUUAACAGCCUUAAAAAAAAUAAUCAGUCAUGUCAUUUGCAGAAUAAGCUACGUGGUGCACUCCUCACUUGUGUCAGCUGUGGUUUUGCACUUGUCUGUUUGUGGCUGUUAUGUGCUCAAUCCCCCCCGAAAACUACAACUACCUGAUCCUCUUCGAGUCGGUCUUUCUUACACAGGCACACGGUGCUCCUUGUUCGCGAACACUACUGUAACUAAAUCCAGCACAAAAGAGUUUGAAAGGAGCUUUAAAUUAAUCACCAGCAAACUGUGCCCGAUAUCGUUCCGUUAGCAAUCGAAUAGUGUGUGUUUUCUACUUUUACAUCUCCCCCUCCCUCCUUUUCUUGAGAUUACUGGAUGUGAAAUGUGGUGAUGCCUUCUCAGGGUAAACUCGUGGGAAAUUGUUGUUUCUGUUGUUGGCUCCUUAAAACAACUGAUCGACAUGUCUUCACCUUGGAGGGACAAAAAAAUUCUUAAAACAUUUCAACACAAUUGUAAUGUGACACUGUGUUAUCCAGUUGUGUUUUUUGUGUGAUGCCCCGCCCCCCCCCCCCGCUUUACUAAAACCACACAAACUACAAUGGAUUUAUUCCUGUGGAAUUCCUGUGUAAAGCAGUUUUCUGGAAGUUUCUUCUUUCCAGAGCCGCCAUUUUACACCUAAUUUGAACAAUCACAUGGAUAAUUUUUAUACUUCAAGUGGCCUCAAAGGACCAGAAUGCAAUGCAACCACAAAGACACAAUGUGUUUUGACUAAAGUGGAGGUAUUGCUGUAAUCAGACGUGCCUCAGCGUUCACACCCCUGCUUUAGUGGUUCUUCGGAAGUAUUCUGGGAAAUGUGGGAAGGAUGUGGAAGUGGGUGCACCAAAAAUAGAAAAUCGAGACACUUCAACACAAAAUAACUUGAUCAGAGAUGAUGAUAUUUAACGAGUGGGUGUCACAAGGGAGAUUUAGUCAUAUAACAUGUUGAUCUAUGCUCAGAGGCGCCAUGUUUCAGCCACUGAAUAACUUUUUUUGCCUCCAUAAAAAGCCUCAAAUGUAUUAAAAACACAUAAAAAGUUCAUUGAAUCACAAGCUUCUUCCACAGCUGACUAAAACUGGCAUAUGUUGAGACAUCAGUGUAAUUUUAGCACAUGAAUCAGCCUAGAAAAACACGACACAUGCAGCCAAUUGUUAGCGUUGACAAACCGAAUAUAAAGAUUAUAAUCUACUUUUUGUGUGUCCUGGCUGUAGCUGUUAAAUUGGUUUGAAUCUAUCGUUGGUAACUUAAUGGGAGACCAGAAACAUUAAACGUCUGACUUCAUAUUUACACUGUAUAUCAUAAUCAUUCAUUAAAUUACUAUAGUUAAAACAGGUUGUUGUAUUUUGUGUUGCAUAGACAAAUGUUAUUCAGAAAACGUGUGUGAAGGCUGUGUUGUUACCAUCCAUCAUUACUCCUGUUGUUUAAUCCAUGAGUUACAAUACUACUGUUUCUUUCUGGACAAUAGUCUCAAUGCUUUUCCUCUCCUAAUUAUUAUACUGAUAUUAAUUUAAUAAAGUGAUUCAAUACUU